GAAGUGGAACUGCCCCCAGUUCCGGACUCGGCCUCGUUGUCGCUCCGUCUGUGGAGUGUUAGGGUGGGGUGUGGGGUUUUAUGGCUCUCUCUCGGUAGCUGCUGGCUGAGCAAACCAGGCGCCGUCCUUGGCCGGAGAUUUCCCCGACUUGGUCUUUACCGACUGAGAGCAACGAUGGGUACCCUCGGGAAAGCGAUAUACACCGUCGGGUUCUGGAUUCGGGAGACGGGCCAGGCCAUUGAUCGACUAGGCUGCCGUCUUCAGGGAAACUACUACUUCCAAGAGCAAUUAUCAAGGCACCGGACACUCAUGAAUGUCUUUGACAAAGUCCCAAGUGUCGAUAAAGAAGCAUUUGUUGCUCCAAGUGCCUCACUGACAGGGGAUGUGAAUGUUGGACCAGCGUCAUCCAUUUGGUAUGGCUGUGUCAUUAGAGGAGAUGUGAAUAGCGUCAGCAUUGGUUCAAGAACAAAUAUCCAGGACAAUUCUCUUGUGCAUGUUGCAAAAUCCAAUCUGAGUGGAAAGGUCCUACCUACUAUCAUUGGGGACAAUGUCACUGUGGGUCAUAGUGCUGUCUUGCAUGGAUGUACUGUUGAGGAUGAGGCCUUUGUUGGUACGGGUGCAACUUUACUUGAUGGCGUGGUUGUUGAGAAACAUGGGAUGGUUGCUGCAGGGGCACUUCUGAGACAAAAUACUAGAGUUCCCUCUGGAGAGGUUUGGGGAGGCAACCCAGCAAAGUUCCUCCGGAAAGUUACUGAUGUGGAGAUAGCUUUCAUAUCUCAGUCGGCUACGAACUAUUGCAGCCUAGCACGAGCACAUGCAGAUGAAAAUGCAAAGGAAUUUGACAAGAUUGAAUUUGAGAAGGUGUUGACGAAAAGAUUUGCCCGAAGAGAUGAGGAGUAUGACUCAAUGCUGGGGGUGGAACGUGAAGUUCCACCAGAACUUGUUCUUCCGGAUAAUGCUUUGCCAGAUAAAGAUAAAUCAGCCAAGUGAGAUAAUUGAUCAUGCUACUCUCGGCAACGUGAUUGAGCUACUAUUUGCAAAAUUGUUUAGCUUUUUGCUUUGCCAAUUUGGCAAACGAGUUGUCCAAUAAAAUUGGGGACAGGCUGACUGAAAUGUUAAUGGUUAGCUUGAUGAACAUUUGUCUGUAUCUGCUGUACGUAAUCUUUUAGGGGACCGAGCUGUUGAUAAUUUCUGUAUUUCAGAUUUCAAUUUCUGAAUUCUGGUAAAUCUGAUACAAAACUCUUCCUUUCCUAUAAUGCAAGUCGACUACUGUUGAUGCCAUUGGAAUGAA